CCUCGGUUAGACCAAUCAGUCGACCCGGAUUUUUUUUCGCUCGCAUAGAGACCGCGAAGAAAAUUGAACGGCUUCGCGUCGUCGCUGGACUUGUACUCCGUAACGCCUCGGCCGAAGAAACCGUUGAGACGGUUGAACCAAGUUUCUCUCCCCUCGGACGAUCCGAGCCCUAUGGUUUGCAGCAAUCAGCGUGCACCUACAACUACCGACUCAAGACCGAGUGCUUGCACCGCUCUCUUCGGGUGUCUCAGCCCAAUGCCUCAUCGCAUGCCCUAGAAGACAUCGAGAGCCUCCUGCGACGGGCCUCUCACCAGUCUGCGACGCCGACCGUACUGCCAUGCGCUCCCAGGUUUCCACCUAAACACCGGCAAUCUGUAUCUGUUUCUGGGCAGCCGCCCGCCACCGCGGGCGUUCGCGCAAAUACCGUACAGGCGCAUAUCAUGGUCGCCCAAUAACCAUUUCGCGGGCCGGGGGGCCAGCCGCCAAUCGUUCGGCCGGGAUUACACUACGAUGUCGAGAGACAGUCUAGUGCGACAAAACAAUGAUACCAUUCCGCUCGUUUCGCCCUCUCCGAGGAGGAGUCGGGUUGUUGGGCUUCCUGCGCAUCUCGUUCGCCGCCCCGGUCCGUUGGCUGUUGCACACGUCGACAGGAAGGACGUUCCCUCCAUGGAGAAACGCGAUCCAUCUGCUCCCUCAGGAGCUGGCGAGGAGGAUGUGUCAUCAUCAGAGAAGCGUGUCCCGUUCGCUGUCGAGGGCGUCGAUGAGCACAAGGUGCCAGUGGUGGAGGAGCCAUCCGCAGACAAAUCUGCUACAGCCGAGAGCAAUCGUGUCGCGCCGCCAGAGCAGGAUAGCCAGGAAGAGUUGAGCCGGAUCCAGUCCAAGCUUGCGUUGUGGGAUCUCGAGGAGCGGGAAGCUCAUGCUCGUCGGCCGCCGGUGGUUGGCAUGCAACCGUUCAGGCCCUCGGACCAGAUCCACGUCAUGGGGAUGGAUUUGGCCGGGCGCUACAUUGCACAUACGCUAGCCGGUUGUCAGACCAUCCCACCGGUCCGCUACAUGCUGCACAGCCACUACCUCUUCAGGCAAUGGCGAGAGUGCGGCAAGCAGCUAACGCUGUACCGGGGCGACAACCGCAUCACCCGUCGCCGCAUCGUGGGCGAGUACACACAGGACGAACUGGCCGAGGCUCGGAGCGGAGGCACGAUCCACAACCUGAUCGUGACCCUACCGGCUUCCCAGGUCGUGCGGGCCAUUGGGCAUAUUCGACAUCGGCUCGACUACCGGUCGACGAUAUGCCUGAUAAACGAUGGUUUGGGGGUGGCGGAGGAGCUUAUCGAGAGGUAUUUCCCCGACGAUUCGACGCGACCAAUCUUUCUCUUGGGGCAUCUCUCGACCAAUCUGGGUCAUACGGAUGACAAGUUCUUCUCCGUCUCGGAGGUGCGGCCGGGGCGACUCUUCCUAUCGCUGUUCUCACCGCACCGGCCGGAAGGCGGUGGGCGCUUUCAUAUCAAACGCCAUCCGCCCUUGGAGCGAACCGCCCGGGCAACGCACUUCAUCCGCCUCCUGACCGCGAUGCCGGGGCUGCACGCGACAGGCCACCCUAUGCCCGACUUUCUCCGACACAAGCUGCCCACGGCGGCAUUUCGAACGGUCGUGGACCCCCUGGCCGUUCUGUUUGACUGCAGAUACGAUCAGAUCCUCAGCAACCCGUACGCGAGGCAGUUGAUGGACCGGCUGAUCGGAGAGCUCUCUCAUGUGCUGUCCCAUCUGCCGGAAUGCCGGCAUUCGGAGAAGUUCCGGCGGUUCGCCUCCGCCGCGUCGCUGAGGGAUGAGGUGUUCCGCAAGCUUAUGCUGAAGAGGACUGCCGACAGCCGGAUGCGGUGGCAGGUCGCGCAGGGAUGGGACACAGAUGUCGACUACUUGUCUGGCUAUUUUGUGAGACGGGGUCGGGAGCUCCGAGCCAGCGUCACGACGCUCGAGUCGAUUAUGGCGGCGGCCAAGGCGAAGCAGACAAUCACGUCGAAAAAGUUGGAAAGCGACAUACCAUUCGAGGGAACAUAUUCAGCAUAGGCCGGGGGGGUUAUUCAGCAUCGAGCGGUUUGGUCGGGGCAUGCGUCGACGAUGCUCUCCGGGCAGAAUGAGGG